AUGCCGCUAGACUUGGUAGGCAGGCUGCAUCGCACCGUGUACAUCACGGCUUGCCCAGAGGACUCGCAAGAGGACCUGCUGCACAUGCUGUUGAAGCGAUGCGGCGCGAUUGAGGCGUGGGAUGCCGCCGAUGGCCGACUCAUUGUUGUAUUCCAAAGCAUAAACAGCGUCAGCAACGCCCUCACUUUCCACGGCUUGUCUUUUGUGGAUUUGACGAGGAAAAUUUGCGUGUGGAAGGCGACAGACGCGCCACCGGCGGAGGCAGCGCAGCAGCUGGCCAUCGAAGGAAGCUCUCUCACCACGGAGGUAGACCUGGAGGAGGCGACAUCGUCCGAGGCGGAGGAUGUCCGCCGAACGCAGCGGAAGAUGCGGCGCGCUGCACUGCAGCAGAUCCUAAAUAGCACAGCAACCGACGCUGUCGACACUUCCUCGCCGGAGGGACGGCGGGCAAAGAUGAUGGAGCUGUGCUACCGACAGCUCAAGGCCCUCUGCGUGCUCUCUGCUGCCGCGGUGACGGAUGCGAAGGCGGAGCUGGAGGAGAAGAAGGAGAACCUCGCACGACUGCAAGACCUUAUUCGUACUCAAGAGGCAGUGGCCAAGCGACGAAGGGAAGGGACGGUUGAGGUGGGCGAGGAAGAGCCGGCCAAGGCGCGGCUUCGUGUGUAG